CAAAAGGAAGGAACAAAAAUAGCAAAAUCCGAACCGUCCCGAGCAGCGUACCAGCUUCGCCGCCGCGUCAUCCACCGGAGUCCCCUAUUUCCGCAGCAAUUCCCCACCCCCUUCCCCCAGUCCCAGUCCCAGUCCCAGUCCGGCUCCGGCUCCGGCUCCGGCUCCGGCUCCGGCUCCGCCUCUUCACAAUUUAUCAGAAUCAGAUGUUUUCUCUACAUUAAAUUUCAGAUCGGGGCAGAUAUUUGAAGUUUCGAACAUGCAAAAUUCAUGGCUGCUGUACUUUUGCCUGCUGGUCUUCAUUAUAAUACUCACUUUUCCAGUAUUCGCUCAUGGAAAUGCUAAAGUUUUGCCUGUGGGCGAGGAACUAUUGAAGGAAACUUUACCAUUACAAAUGGGUUCACGCCUUUACGAAUUGAAAGGGCUAAAGCCGCAUACUUGGUAUGAAGUGAAGAUAUCAUAUCCGGCUUCUAUACCCUCUAGUUUCUCUUUACAAUUAAAGAGAGGUAGUUCGGACUUGGGAUUGAAUAUGGGAAGAAAAUUGCUGAAUACGGAAAAGUUGAUUUUCAAGACUGAUGGAAUAGAUUCAUUCAGUGACCAGCAGGGAUUGCAUGUAAUGGUAAAUGUUGAGCCUGAAGGGGUGGUUGCAAUACCAGGGAAACAGGAGAGGAAAUUUGUAAUAUUUAAUAUAGUUUGUGAUGAGUUGUUUCUUGGCAUUCCUUAUGAAGCCUGGUACGUUGUAUUUUUGGUAUUGCUCUGCUUGGGCUUAGCUGUUGUCGUCCCGAGUUUUCUUCCGCAGUUUCUGCUACCGAGGAACAGAAGUCCAUCUUUAACUGAUACGGAUGCUACAAAGGAUUCAUAACUUGAUAGAAUAUUUUUACUUAGUUUAGGUGUUCUGUUUUUAUAUAUUUGUCUGAGCAGUGGAUUUUACUGCAAGUACUACAGUUUUGUGAACAGUGAGAGAUUUUUAACAUCCUAUAUUAGGUAUUGAAAUAUUAUUAUUCAAUAUAUUGAAACAUAUUUUCAUUGAAA